CGAGAAUCCGUCUCUCACGAACUUUCGAACCGACAAAAUUAACGGCAGUCACUCUUUACAACCAGAACCGAUUGACUACCUCAAGCACUAGCCAUGCCUCCCAAGUUCGAUCCCUCCGAGGUGAAGGUCAUUCACCUCCGUGCGACCGGUGGUGAAGUCGGUGCCUCAUCCGCGCUCGCCCCCAAGAUCGGUCCUCUUGGUCUCUCGCCCAAGAAGGUCGGUGAAGAUAUCGCCAAGGCCACUGGUGACUGGAAGGGUCUCCGUGUCACCGUCAAGUUGACCAUCCAAAACCGUCAAGCCGCCGUCUCCGUCGUUCCCUCCGCUUCCUCCCUCGUCAUCAAGGCUCUCAAGGAGCCUCCCCGGGACCGCAAGAAGGAGAAGAACAUCAAGCACACCAAGAGCGUUCCUCUCGAUGAGAUCAUCAGCAUUGCCCGCACCAUGCGCUUCAAGUCCAUGGCCAAGUCUCUGCAGGGUACCGUUCUUGAGAUCCUCGGAACUGCCUUCAGCACUGGCUGCAAGGUCGACGGUCGCAGCCCCAAGGAUGUCUCUGACGACAUCAAGGCUGGCGAGAUUGAGAUUCCUGAGGAGUAAGCGUUUGCACCAAGAAGUGUUUAACGAUCACGAUUGGAACGAUACAUGCCAUAGAGGGUGCUACAUAGCUGAAUGAGGACAACGUCUCCCACCCAGAGUUACCCGUUCCGGGACCGGUGGAGUUUGCACAGCCGCGGCGUUUGGGAUGUUUGAUACCAGACUACAAAAAGUGACCCUGGCAUACGACAAUGAUACAAUGCAUCUUGUCAAAUCAAGAACGUCUUAUGUCUGUCGUGAUAACCCUCUCGAAUACGCAUAUGCCAUGUUCCUCCCUCUCUGACAUAUGCGCUUUUAUUUUUUAUACCUUGAAGGAUCCAGUACGCACUCUGAUGUAUGAAAAUGUCAAUGCAGCAAGGCCGUCGUGCAUCGCAACCUUGAAGUUCGGUGUUCCGCACUACAUUUCCGCGACUCCGCGUCACCCG